AUAUGAUAUUAAUUUCUUGCUCCAUGCUAUGAAUAGAGUGAAAAAAGGGCAAGAAAGGAGUGAAAUUAUGGUAGAUGAAAUUAAAACUAUGUCCAAAGAGGAAGAAGAUGUAAUUCUUCCAGGAUUUCGAUUUCAUCCAACUGAUGAAGAGCUUGUUGGGUUUUAUCUACGACGCAAAGUUGAAAACAAAAGAAUCAACAUGGAACUCAUCAGACACAUUGAUAUUUACAAAUAUGAUCCUUGGGAUCUUCCAAAAGUGGAUGAUAAAGAAAUGUAUUAUUUCUGCAUGAGGGGAAGAAAAUACAAGAACAGUGUAAGACCAAAUAGAGUAACAAAAAGUGGAUUUUGGAAAGCAACUGGUAUUGACAAGCCUGUUUAUUCUUCUACUACAAAAUGCAUUAUUAUUGGACUUAAAAAAUGUUUAGUUUAUUAUAGAGGAAGUGCUGGCAAAGGCACUAAAACUGAUUGGAUGAUGCAUGAGUUUCGUCUCCCACUAACUUCCAAUACUAAUCAACAAGCUGAAGUUUGGACCCUAUGUAGAAUAUUCAAGAGGAGUAGUUCCACUUACAAGAGGUCAUCAUACAAUACACAAGAAGUGAAGCAUCCAAUUGGGGAUGCAAGUUCUAAAGCAUGUAGCUUGGAAUCUGAUGAGAACAGUACUGAUCAUGAUCAUUCCAACAGCUUUAGAGAUAUGUCAUUUCAACACCAAAAUUAUAAUAAUUAUGUAGCUCAAAUGGAUGAAACUAGGAACCAACAAAAUCCAAUACCUCAUGAGUCUACAUUCCCAUCAUCAAGCUCAAUUAGCUUUUGGAACACAAAUAGUACUCAAGAGGAUUACUUGUUUGGUGAUCAUGGAAAUAAAUGGGAUGACCUCAAAUCAAUAGUUGACUUAGCAACAAUGAUGUAGAUGUGGAAAAAAAGGUGACGAUGCGCGCGCAGAAUUCAGAAUUUUUCUUAAGUAGUAUAUUAGUACCUGGGCUAAGAAUACUUGGUAAUGUGUGGUUGUUCUAAUAUUUUUAUUCGUGCAUGUAUGCAUCUUUUUCAAGUCGUAUUGAUCUAUUUCAUAUGUACAUAUUAUUAUAUUUAAAUAUAAUACGUACUAGUUAUAUA